AUGUAAUUUAUUGAUUCAUAUUUAAUGGACGAUUUUCAUUUGAAGUUCCUAAACUUCUUUUCUGAAGUCAAAGGAAUCAGAAAUAUUAGAUUUAAUUGUAUUAGAGAUGAAUUCAAUCUAAAUAAUGAUACUUUUCCUGAAGAUUAAGAAGUAUUCAAUAUUCAGCAAGCUAAUAAACUUAAUCUACAAUCUUAACCUAAUAAACCCAAAAAAAAUUGGACUGAUGAUGAUAAAAAGGUUCUGAUUUGGUUAGUGGGUAAAUGGGUUACAUAAAAUUAAAGAGAUAUAGACUUAAUAGUAUAAAUUUAAUAGUCUAUCUAAGAGCGAUUCUGAUUGGAAUGUUAUUGCAAGUAUGAUGCCUCGUAGAGAUUCAUUUGCUUGUAAAUAAAAAUGGUUACAAAUGUUCAAACUUCCUUUGUAAUAGGCUCCUUGGACACCUGUUGAAGAUAAUAUAUUACAAACUAUUAUUUAAGAUUUUGAAAAUUAAAAUAAAGGAAACUAAUGGAGUUAAAUGGCCUAGAUUCUCAACAAAGUAAAUAAUUAGUAAGUCCAUAGAAAUGGUAAAUAAUGUAGAGAACGUUGGAAUAAUCAUCUUAAUCCAAAUAUCAAUAGGUACAGUAAUUAAUUAUAUAUAUAAAAGAAAUCCUUGGUAAUUAAGUGAAGAUUUAGAUUUAAUGUGUUAAGCUAAAAAGUUAGGAAAGAAAUGGGCUUUGAUAUCUAAGAAACUUAAAAUUGCAAGAAGUGAAAACAAUGUAAAAAAUCGAUUUAAUUGUUUAAUAAAAAAAGAAAGAAAUAAUAAGUCUGGAUAGAAUUUGUUAAUGAUUAGAAAGAAAAAAGAAAAGGAUGAAAUUAAUUCUUAAAAAUCAUCUAUUUCAAAUUUACAAUCAUCUGAAGAAUUAAGUCUCGAAGAAAUUAAACUGAUUAAUAUAAUCAUUAAAAAAAUUGAAUGCCGUAUUAAUUAAAGUGACAAUCUUAAAUAAAAAAAAGAAAGAAAAGAAGAAGUUAAAGAAGAGAAUUCAAAAUCAUUAAAGAAAGUUAAAGGAGAAUAACAUAAAGAAUUCUACAAAGAAUUUAAAGAAAAAAUUUAACAUUUAUAUAAUAUGAAGAGUCUUUAAAUUAAUUUAAUAGGUUCUGAUCUAAAAGAUGAUGAAAUUACUACUCUUAUGCCAUGUUUAAUUCAUUAAGGAAAUCAUCAAAUUUAUUUUGCAACACCUGAAUAAUUUUAUAUCUACUUGAACUAAUGUAGUGAAACUAAUCAAUUAGGUAUAUCAUCUGAAAAUUAUUUGUCUAUUCCAAAUGGUUAAGGAUCUUUUAUGUAUGAUCAUAAGAUAUUUCGAUCUAAUGCUAUGCUUCAAUCUAGGGAAUAUUAUUAGGGUUAAUAUGGAAUCUUCAAUUAAAGAUCAUAGGUCAAUCAGAAUCAUGUAGGAUACUGUUCUAGUAUUAAUAGCCUUCCUUAUUAAAUUGGUUUGUCUCCUUAUCCAUCACAUGCUAUUCUAACAUAUUAAUUAUAAAAAUGA